AUGUCGGAUUCGUCGCAACAUUUACGGAUCGCUCUCACGGUUACCCAUCUGUUGCUCGUCGGUCUCGGUUCACUCAACGUUUUCGUCAUUUUUCUCAUUCUUUCACGCCCAUAUCUGCGCUCGAUAACAAACGUCUACAUGGUCGGCUUAUGUCUAGCCGACUUCAUCUAUCUCACCGAUUUAUCGCUUGUUGCUGCCACAUCGCUAAAUACGAGGAGCUGGCCAUUUGGCUCAGUUUUAUGUCAUUUUUAUCACGGUACGGAAACUACAGGAAAAUAUGCGUCGGUGUUAUUUGUCGUGCUACUGGCUGCAGAUCGUUACUUGGCAAUGUGUAAGACCGAUAUUUGUGCACGAUUUAGAAAUUAUCGUGUGGCGAUGAUUCUCAGCACAUUCGCAUGGGUGACGGCAAUAGUGUGCAGCCUGCCUUUAUAUCUUUAUGCAAAAGAGGCCACAUUUGGUGUACGACCAAAAGAUGCGAGUGGUGAACAGACGAAUAGAACUUUUUGCCUCGUUCAUUGGCCAAGCACUCCGGCAGCUCAGUGGUAUAUCACAACGUGUUCCGUGCUAAUUUUUAUCAUACCAGUACUUGUUAUUUUUUACUGCUAUUAUAAGGUAUUUUGCAAACUACGGGAAGCAGAAAAGGGUUCGCGUCGUUUACAUCGAUCACCUGCACGGGCACCUUAUCAACGAGUAACAAGAAGUGUUCAGCGGGUCGUACUAUUCCAUCUUCUAUGUUGGACACCGUUCUGGUUGUUUAAUUUGUUCUCAUCAAUUUUUCGUGUACGAAUCACUUCGCAACCUGAACGUAUCGUUGUGAAUAUAAUUCAUCUAUUUCCUUAUGUUAACUGUGCGCUUAAUCCGUUGCUCUACGCCUAUAGGGCCGAGAAUUUUCGAGUCGCCUUCAAGUCACUGUUUCUUUUUACGUCCAGCCUGCCGAAUGAACGGAAUCAUCUCGACUGCACCACCAGAUCACUCCCUUCACCUGUACCUUUUACUUAUACGGCAUAA